CGAGCCGCGCCCGCCGCCGGCCCCACCCAUCCGGGCCGAGGAGGAGGCGGCGGCUGCGGCCAUGGCCGAGACGGAGGAGCGGAGCCUGGACAACUUCUUCGCCAAGAGGGACAAGAAGAAGAAGAAGGAGCGGAGCAGCCGGGCGGCGAGCGCGGCGGGCGCGGCGGGCGGCGCCGGCGGGAGCAGCGGAGCGGCGGGCGCGGCGGGCGGCGGGGCGGGCGCGGGGGCCCGGCCGGGCGACGGCGGCACCGCGGGGGCGGGGGCCACGGGCCCCGGGGCCGCCGCCAAGGCCGCGACUAAGGAUGAAGAUGAGUGGAAAGAAUUUGAGCAAAAAGAGGUUGAUUACAGCGGCCUCCGAGUUCAGGCGAUGCAAAUAAGUGAAAAGGAAGAAGAUGAUAAUGAGAAAAGAGAAGAUCCCGGUGAUAACUGGGAAGAAGGUGGAGGUGGCGGUGGUGGUGUAGAAAAGUCUUCAGGUCCCUGGAAUAAAACAGCUCCAGUACAAGCACCUCCUGCUGCAGUAAUUGUUACAGAAACCCCAGAACCGGCAAUGACUAGUGGUGUGUAUAGGCCUCCUGGAGCCAGGUUAACCACAACAAGGAAAACACCACAAGGACCACCAGAAAUCUACAGUGAUACACAGUUCCCAUCCCUGCAGUCCACUGCCAAGCAUGUAGAAAGCCGGAAGGAUAAAGAAAUGGAGAAGAGCUUUGAAGUAGUAAGACACAAAACUAGAGAUACUGAGCCUUCGUAAGGGCUGACUACCUCAGGUUUGCUGCACUCGUUGCGGACUUCAUGUGGAUCACAACUUCUGGACACGAAGGUUACAGCUAGUAAGUGUCGGUGUGAAGCUUGAAACCAGCUCUACUGGAUUCCUAUCAGAAAUCCUGCAGAAAGUCAGCCAUCUGGGUUCUGAUCUGCUGUAAAAGAUGAAGAUUUAAGUGACCUUAAUUAACCUGUCCUGUGCCCCACCCUUAAGGAAUACUCUGUAGUGGGCUGUGUUAGACUUCCUGGAACAUGCCGCUCUCAAAAGAACUCAUGUGUUCAGAUGAUCUGUGUAUGGUUGUGAUUUUAUAAUUUAAACUUUGAGUUGUAUUCUGAGGUAACCACAGAUUAAAUUCAACUGAACUUGGGUCCACCAAGUGGGAAAGGGGGUGGGGGAGGGAGUAAUCUUACUUCUUUUAGUGAUUUUUUUAUUUGGGUAGUGCUUUAUUCUGUGUCCACAUUAAGGCCUUUUUUUUUUUCUUUUUUUCCUUUGACUUGGAAUAAAUUCUUUGACAGAGCAUAUUGCUUGGUUAAAUAAGUAACCUGAAAUAUGCAUUAGAAUUGUGAAGUGUCUCGUGAAUUUGCCAAUCCCUAGAGUGGAACCAAAUAGCCUUUGAUGUCAAGGGCAGUGGAUGUGGGGGGCUCUACUUCAGGUGCUGCUAAGCCUCCUCUAAUCAGGUCAAAACUGUACAGGAAACUGCAGUGGAAGGAGUAUGGGUUCUGCUCAGGCCAAGGGAUUCACUGACCUGUCCUUAUCAAUUCAGAGCAACAUGAGCAGAACCUUAACCUAAAAGCCACUUAGGUUUUCACAGAUCUUGUAUGAUCUUUGAUAAGAUUUCCAGAUACACUCGUGCCCAAAUUUUUCAGGUAUUGGACAUUCUAUAGAUGCAGUGAUUGUGCCAGUUUAGCUCUGUUACCAACCUUCUGGUAUGUCUUUAUGUUCAUUUGAAGAGUCAGGGGCGAAAGACAGGUGAUGUAGCACUUCUGUUUAUAAUAAUUACAGCUUAAACUAUCCAGUAAUUUUUAGUCCCUAAAGGGACUUCAGGAAGCUACCCAGGAUUACUGAGAAGUCUUUCCAUCUAAUAAGAUAGUCUGGUAAUUGACUAGUUUUGUUAUCUUUGGUUCAAUAGAGAGAUUUCAAAGUGGUGUGUGACCACUUUAUGCAGAGUCUGGGUUUCUCUAUCAUAGAUCCCUUUGCCAAAUGCAGGAGCUGCAGACUUGCUACCGGCAAGAGUGAAGCAAGUGAGGGUGUAGAGCUAUCCUGGUGUGGGGGCAUCCCUUAGAGUUCAGUCUGGAUGAGAGUGUCAGUGCAGGAAUGGGCUCCCAGGAGGUGACCGUGUCUCCGGACAGGACCUGCCCACCACAUCUGGGCCGUGAUGGUGUUUGAGGUGGCGGGCAGGGUGUCUGCCUUCUGGUGUACUGGGGUGAGUAGCUGAGCCAGCCAAGAAGAGGUUGGAUGAUUAAGCAAGAAACAAGGGAUUCUUGGUUAAACUGAAGACUUCAUUUGGGAACCAAAAAUCUUAUCUCUUGGACCUUGAGCCACAUAUUUCCCCUGAAAAGUAUACCUUUUUUUUUUCUCCAGCAAAAUUUUGUUGGGGGUUGUGUUACUGAGGAAUGAACUGAGAUGAGUAUGUGGAACAUUUAUUUAAUGGCAUACUAUACUAGAAACCUGAAGACCUGCAGGAGAUUUGAAAUUCCAACUCUUGUUACAACUUUUUAAAAGAUUGUGAAAUUAUAAAAAUGCACAUGAAUCAAGUUUUAAUAUACUGUAUGAUGGGUGGGUGAGGCUGUCCAUUGUACCAUUUCUUUCUUUGAAUUCUCAGGCAUGGUUUGGCAGUGUAAGAACUCUGUAACAUUAACAAAUUCAAUAAAAUAAAUAUAUGGAUUU